AUGCACAUUAAGAGAAUCAGAAUUCCGUGUAAAAUUCGGCUGCACAAUCAUCGUAUUGUGCUCGUAGGCCUUGUUUGUCUGAUUGCAAUCACCUUUAUAUUGACACUCUUUCGACCAAAUGCAUCAAAUGCUCCGUUUAAAAAAACUCUUCGCUUUAAAUACGUUAAGAAUGUAGCCAACAGCAGCUUCGCUGCUUGCAGGCUCCCACUUAUAGACCCUCAUCACAAGAGCGUACUUGAAUUUUUGCAAGAUCUUGGCGAUUUGCGUUGUGAGGGAAGAAGCUUUUCAAACUUUGAAAACAAUGUGCUUCGCGUGAAAGGAGAGGGCAUCGUUUCAGCGCAUUACAGGAAGAUUGUGAGAGAGGCCGGAGAAGAUUAUCAUGUUUUCCUUUCGGAGCCAGUUUCUAUCUCAAACGUAGCCAACAAAAUCGAUGGAAAAGUACAGUCUCCCUCAGGUAUGUAGUUAUCAUAGUCUUCUCCGUUCAGAUUUUUGCUCAGUUAAAAGGUUAUGCCGCUACUGUAAACGACCGUCAUCUGUCUUGCGACCGCAAAUGCUGUAUGUGUAUGUGAAAAACUCGUUCAAAAAGGGGUUUCUCUAACUAGUAGUCUCCUACAACAGCUACAAACCCGUUCUUUGUAUCGUCACGUACCCAGGAGCGUUGCGCUUGAACGACACAAAGGAACGGCUACGUGGGAGACUAUACUUGUCUAGUCUCCUUCGCAGCCGUUUUUAGGCUCGUCACGCAACGCUCCUCCCCACAAACCAUGAGGAGCGUUGCAUGGCGAGCCUAAAAACGGCUGCGAAGGAGACUAAGACUGUACGAGCUCUAACUAAAACAGCAACGUUAAGGUCGGCUCAUCAUAUGCCGUGUUUAUGAAGUGUAAGUACUGACAACGACAAGUAUAAUUAUGUUUUUGCGUUAUUGCCCAAGCGUGAAGUCCAUGGCCGGAUAUUAUAUAUAUUGGCCCAUUUACAAACAAAAAAUGCCCGUGCACGUGGUACAGAUCAAUUGACGUUGAACUUGGUAACUGCUCCAUACUAAGUCACAAUUUUGAGUGAAAAGUAAGAGUUAAUAGUUAAUAGAGAGCUUAAGCAACGAAAACGAUGGCGGCGACGGUUACGAAAACGUCACUUAAAAAAAGUGCAGUUGAGCUGUUUCAAACUUUAUCGCGCUUAUUCCAUCUCGUUCAGUUCGCCAAAUGUUGACAAUUUAUUCUUGAAUUGAAGUUCAGGAAACGAAAACCAAAAUCGUUGUUUUGCAUUCAUGUCCUCCACAAGACGUGAAAUUCGGCAUUUUCACUACGUAGUCGUACAGUGACAAAAAACGCGUGAUGCACGUGCAAAGUUGAUGUUUGUUUUGCCAAUCUGGAACCUAUUCCUUUUUUGUUGUUCUCUUUGACGGCGCAGCCGUCGUUGCUGAAGCUCCCUAAUGUUAACUUGGGAGAGGGGUAAGUGGUCAGUUACUUAGAAAACUCAAUUGAUCCCAUGAUACUUAACUAUGCUCCCGUUACCUACCCAUCAGGUAGAAACAGUCCGAAAAAUCAUUUAGUGACAAAUAAAGUGAAUAGUCCCCAGCGGGGAAGAAAGGAUUAGAGCGCAAAAGGUCAGAAGUGCAUCGUCUGGGGACCAUUUCAUUCAGUGAAAUGAAACAAGUGCCAUCUCAGGUGGCCCCUUCUAUGAAACCGAGCAAGCAGAACUUAAGCCAAUAAGAAAUCUGGCCGUGCUUGCAAAUAACUAGCACAUAUGAACAAGUCAACGUGGGCGCUUAUCCUUAUGGCGGGCUGGUUUUUCCAUCUCUUUAGGUUUCACCCCGAAAAUGUGGAAUUUUUUCCCAUCUUCAAGAGGUAAGUCCUGCUUUUUACAAAACUGAUUCCCUUUGGCCAUUUUUUUUUAUAUUAUUAUUUAAAUUGUUCAUUUAUUUAUUAUUUUUACAGACAACUUUUCGGGCACUGCCACAGUAGAACAUGACUUCAUCCAAGUCGAUGUAAUGACGUCAUGGGGUUGGACAAAAAGUGACGUACACAUGCACGUGUUUCCAAAAAAGGAAGUGCUUGCUAGGCAACCGAGCCCCAAGGGAAUUCCGCUCAAUGUUGCGCUGAUUAUGUUCGACUCUACGUCGGCGGCUAACUUUAGAAGAAAAAUGCCGAACAGCUUGGAAUAUUUGACAAAUAAUCUGAACUCGCUGUUAAUGAGAGGUGAGGUGAAACAUUUCCCACGAAACAGAUCUUAGUCCCUGCCUCCUCUGGGCUCCAAACUUAGCGGGGAACGAGGGGGUGCUGGGGGACCGGUGAGAGGCGCGGGAACGAGCACAGAGCGCGUGCGGGAAGCGAUUGGAAGAAGUGAAAAAGUUUUUUCUCCCUUUCAUUUCCUUUAUCCCUGCUUUUCUUGACUAUUAACUUAGUGUUAAAAUAAGCGAUUGCAAAUCAUUGGAGAGAAAGCAAUCAUUCUCCUAUUUUGACGUACUUGACAUUCCAAUUAAUCCACAGUGACACUUCCUAAAACGGGACCUUGAGUUUGUUCUGCGUUUUUUUAUUAUUAUUUUUUUCUCUACCAUUUUAUAUAUUUUUAUAAUAGAAAUCGAAAUCGAAAUGGUGCCCGUCUGUGUGGAAAAAUGACAACAUUGCCAUUGCUUUUAUACAAAUCAUUUUGCCGUCACGACAUAAGGUCCGUUCCGUCUGUUUUUCAAUUACUUUUGCCAGGCACUGUUUUAAGGCUCAUUGACCUUGUAUUACAUGCAAUAUUAUAGGUGAAACUAUAGUUGGGGACGGUACCACAGCUCAGCUAGUUGCUCUUCUUACCGGCAUUGUUGAACAGCAACAAACAGAAGCGAGAGUAAGGAUGGGAAGCGCAGCCAACACUGUCGACAAAUGGCGAUGGAUAUUUAAGGAUUAUAAAGAAAACGGAUAUGUGACAAUGUUCUCCGAGGACUCGCCCCGCUUUGCGGCGUUCAAUAAUCGCUUGAAAGGCUUCAGAGAUGCUCCAACGGACCAUUAUGCACGACCAUUCUGGCUGGCAGCGUUAGAUUUGGGUUGGGAGCGGUUUUGCAUCAACAGUAAAGCUUCGCACAAGGUUUCAUUUGAAUACUUGCUGAGCUAUUUUCGUGCGUACAAGAACAAACCGAAAUUCUCUUUCGUCUCUCUUGCUGCUUUGUCUCAUGACAGUAUAAACAGCAUCGGUUAUGCAGAUAAUGACUUUAAGAGGUUUCUGCAACAAAUGAAGGAAGAAUCCUUCCUUAACAGCACCUUUCUUGUCGUAUUCGGGGACCACGGUUCGCGAUUUUCCGCCCUGAGGCAAACUGUUCAAGGAAAGCUGGAGGAACGGCUUCCAUUUCUGUCAAUCACAACACCCAAAUGGUUUUCAGAUCAAUACCCUAAGCUGUAUAACAAUCUUAUCCAUAAUGCAGAUGUUCUCACUUCACCGUUUGAUUUGUACGCUACUCUACGUCACAUUUUGACGUAUCCAAAGUAUCCAAGCGGGAUCGAAACCGGUCAAAGCUUGUUUAACCGGAUUGACGAAGGAAAUCGUACUUGCGCCGAGGCAGGCGUCGAGGAUCAUUGGUGUCCUUGUCUUAAUUUGGAGGAAAUUUCUGUAAACGAACCUGUAAUUAGGCAGUUAGCGGAUUUUGUUUUGGGUUAUAUGAAUAACUUGCUUUCACAAAACCCGAGAAUAACAAAACUGUGUCAAAAGCUGACUUUGAAGGAGGUGAAAAGUGCCUUUAGGGAUAUGCCUAGUGAGGAAAUGCAGUUUUUUAAGAGAUCUAAACGAGACAAGAUAUGCGACACUUGCGGACUUGAGUAUGGAAGUAAAUCAAAGAACACGCUUGUUUUAGACACUCUUUAUCAGUUACAGUUAAUCUCAUUUCCUAACGACGGACUUUAUGAGGCAUCUGUUAGAAUGACUAAAGGUGUUCCUUCACUUGUGGGUGAAAUCAGUCGUCUGGACGCCUACAAAGAUCAGAUCUACUGCAUACGAGAUUUAUACCCUCAUGUGCGUAAAUAUUGUUUCUGUUAUUAG